GGGGUACUAGAGUAGGUACUGCAGUAAUGUGAAAGCAAAAUAUGUUUAUUUCUUGAAAAUUGUAAGUCGCCAGUACCGCAUGCGACAGACAUUCAUCAUUUAUAAGUACCCUACGAAGGGCUUACAAGGAUAAUGAGAUAUAAAGUUUGGGUGUAUGCCUGUGCGAUUUUUGUAGUUGUUGUGCUUGUAAGGGGACAAGAAAGAUUCGAUAUUUUUGAGGAAAAAAAUGAAAUCCCAUAUGAAAAGGACAAAACAAAAAUGUCGAAAACCAGCAGCAAGCCAAUUUUGGUCAUCAAAGAACCGCAAUCGGACACUAAAACGUCAACUCUUGAUAUAAAAGAACAAACCCUCAAAAUUUUAGUUUCAGAAGAAAAAUACACAACCCCUCAGACACUAGAUGGUCACGACACAAAAACACCAACCGUUGAAGAAAAAUUGACAGUUGAACCAACUAAACCACAAAUUCUAAUUUGCCCUCCCAAAAACGAACCGAAACCGCUAUUUUCGCUACCCUGUUUUGCAACGUCAAAUUGCGGAUUUUUAGGUAAAGAUUUGAUGUGCUGCGAUGGUAGGUGUGUCAAAGGAGUACCGCCACCUAAAACAGAUCCAAUUCAUGAACCAAUAUUUUUUGGAAUUAUCGAAAGAAAAUGUCCAGUGGAUCCUCUAACGGAACUGUCUGAAGUAAAAGAAUGUUUCACUGACGACGAUUGUUCGCCAAGAAUAUGCUGUGGAGAAAUUCUACCCAGUGGAACAAAAGUUAGAUUUUGUAGGACUCCUAUUCCAGUUUGGGAUUCUUUGCCAUUACCUUCACCAGUCUUGGAACCAUUGAAAGUUUUCACAAGCUAUAUGCAGUGUACACCUCCACCUCCGCCUCAUUUAGAUCUCUAUCCGAAAUCUUGCCAAAAUCCAAUGGAUUGUUUUCCCAGUCUUUGCUGUCAGGAGAAGGGAAAGAAAUUUUGCAGGCCACCAAAAAGGUCUUUGCUGGCUUUAGUUGCCGAAUUAGGACAAAGAAUAAUUCCUGAGGAUGCUGCCAGAAAAUUCAUAGAGAAAAUAUCUUAAUUAAUUUGUUACUGAUAAUCAAAUAAAGGAAACAAAAAAAAAAAAACAUGAAUUAAAAUGAUUUACAAAGUCAUUUUUAUUUUAAAACAAAUUAAAUAUAAAGAUAAGUUGUAGUAAAACAUCUAGUCCAGCUGAAACAAAAAAAUAGAAAAUUAGUUUUAUACAUUUUUCAUAAUGAUUUUUUUGAUAAUAUGAAAAAUGGGGCUUUGGAAAAUACAAAAUACCAUGAAUAGAUAGGUUUAGGGUGGUAUUGCCAUUCCAAUAGUUAUUUACCUAUGAAGUGCAGAAAGUUAUACCGCGCGCGCAACGGCGUUUGCAUGAAUGGAGUUCGUGCAAGCCGGAAAAGAUAUCUUAUACUCGUGUUCAAUUUACCCACAGGUAGUGAUGUAAAGUUCCCGAAACAUUCAAAAGCCGCGAACAUUCUCGGAAACUUUCUGGGAAUAUUGGAAACUUUCGAGAACCUAUGGAAAUAUUUUUUUUUUUUUAAUUUAUAGCUAAAUCAGACAAAUCGUAGUAAGCUUUAUUUACCUAUUAUUGUGGGUUACUGACUAUAGAUUAGUAUAAACCCAGAAAAACACCUAUUUUUUUCUGUAAGAUCAGCUAAAAAUUAAACUAUGUAGUAAAAACACUUAUGGACGGUUGAAUAAGGCUUUAAAGGAAAAGCUGAUCCGAUUAACCCAAUCUCUCUGCUGUUUAUUUUUUAUCUUUCUUCCAUGGAGAUUAUUUAAAAAAAAAAAAGACAAAGUGUAGGUACAUCAGCUGGUGAUCGGGUAUCGAAGACAGUUGGACUGGGCUACAUCAUCCACAUAAAUUGAAAUGACGUCACUGAGACCUUGUAUUUGCAAUAAUCUCGGAUUUUUAUAAAAUUCUUCUGGAAAGUUCUUGGAAAUAUUCUCGAAAGUUCUCUGAA